AUGGGCGUAAAGACUGCUAUUCCCAUUACCGUAUUUACAGGCUUUCUGGGCGCGGGAAAAACAACUAUAAUUCUCUCCCUACUAGAACAGUUACCCAAAGACUACCAAGUUGUCCUGCUAAAGAAUGAAUUUGGAGAUGUAGAGGUCGACAGCCAGCUCGCGUCCAAUUCAUCCCUCACGGCCAUGAAAACGGCCCUUCUCGAGAUUCGAGACAAGUACCGCCCAGACCGAAUUAUCAUAGAGUCUUCGGGCUCAGCGUUCCCCGCCACCCUCGCGUUUCAAAUCCGCGAACUGGAGCGAGAAACAGAGGGUGAUUUCAAGUUGGAUGCGAUUGUUACCGUUGUGGAUGCCGAGAACUUUAGAGGCUAUGAAGAUACCAGUCCGACCGCCAAGAUGCAAGCGCAGUAUACAGACGUCAUUCUAAUUAACAAAUGGGAGCAUUGCUUGACCAUCUUGGAACCCUCAACGACCUCACCCCCAAACUCCGCUGUCAAAGCAAGUCCGGAGUUCCCUACAAUCUACUGUUUGGCCUCGACUCGAAGCAAUUCUUGGAUCUUCCCACACACUCCGACGAGAACCACCACGACGAAGUCGAAACCGCGACGCUAUCAGAGGUAUACCCUUCCCCACGCCCAUACCCACGAUCAUGGCCACAACCACGACCACGGUCAUUCUCACGACGAACCUUCGACUCGAGUGGAAGCCGAUGCUCCUUUGACGCGUGACCAGUUGACCGAUGCGCUGGGAAGAUUACCCAAAGAUUCCAUUUAUCGGGUAAAAGGGUUCGUGCGGUUCCGGGACCAAGACCCAAUCGAGGUCUUGAACUGGGCAUUCGGCCGAUUUGACCUUGUGCCUUGUAACCUCGACCGACGUCCGGUACCAACUUGGCCCGGGCCAAUUGCUUUUCACUGUGAUGGGAGCUCGGGGCGACACAAGCGGUUCGCUCGCCGGUUGGGCCAAUCGCUCGAUCUAGAGAUUACAUGCGACGGGCUCGAUCGUGGAAGCAAGUCGUCGCACCCCCUCUCCUCCUUUUCUCCUUCCUCUCCUCCCUCACUUCGCUUCUUGUUGCGCUGGUUUGAUCAUGAGCCGAGUACUUGUUUGGUCUGCACUCACUCUUCUCGGGCCGCUUCUGCGAGCGUCCUGCCUCGAAGCUUGACGACGGAUGGUGCCAGCUUUGCGUCCGAAACGUACGAUUAUAUCAUUGUCGGCGGUGGGACUGCUGGACUCGCCGUUGCUGCCCGACUUGCCGAGAACUCGAGUGUGACGGUUGGCGUGGUCGAGGCCGGUCAAUACAUUGUUGAUGACCCCUUGAUCGACACUCCUCAACUCUUUUCACAAACGCAAGGUAAUCCCAAGUAUGAUUGGAUGUUCGAGUCGGUUGCGCAGCCCGGGCUGAACAAUCGAGUGAUGGCUAUGCCUCGUGGAAAAGUACUCGGUGGAUCAAGCGCGCUCAAUUACAUGGCCUUCGAUCGCGCUUCCAAAGCCGAGUAUGAUGGGUGGAACUGGAAUGGAAUUGUGUCAUACAUGAAAGUUGCCGAGGACUUUACCAACACUGAUCCGUUCCGCAACUCGAGCUCCCUAUACCCAUCUCAGGGAAUUGCUGGGCCUAUCGGAUCUGGGUACAACACUUGGUACAGCGAUGUUACUCCGCCGUAUCGCGAAUCUUUGGCCAACCUGGGUAUUCCCACCAAUCUCAAUCCAGAUAGCGGCGAUGCUUACGGUUUAUACAAUUGUGCCAUGACUGUAAACCGGACUACCGGGAAGCGUUCUUACUCCGCAAGCACCUACUAUGCUUACAGCGCUCAGCGAUCAAACCUUGUGGUGUUGACCGGCGGCCAAGCCACCAAGAUCAACUUUUCGAACAAGACCAUCUCAGGGAACCAUGUUGCUACCGGGGUCUCUUUCGUGUCCGACUCGAAUGCAUACACAGUGAACGCUCGAAGGAAGUCAUUCUUUCCGCCGGAUCGUUGCAGUCUCCACAACUUCUUGAACUCAGCGGUAUCGGGAACAGCACGCUCUCAAGAAGUUUGUUGGGGAGAAUCUGCAAGACAUGUGUUUAUUCCUACUUCGUAUGAACUGAAGCCAGGCAAAACGACUUUUGACAUUUUGAGGAACAACGCCACAUUUGCAGCCGAGGCUCAGGCCCAAUACGCCAUUCUGACAGAUUAUUUAGUGCGGCGACUCACGACGUCUAUGAAGACUAAGCUUUAUCAGGAAAUCGCCGACUUGGGCACAACGGCAUUGGAACGGGCUCAGUUUGCUAUUCAGAAGACAUGGCUUGACAAGAAGCUCGGCCACACCGAGAUCAUCAUGUUCCCUGGCUACUUUUCUUUCAGCGGGCCCAAGGCAAAUGCUUCUUACAUCUCGAUGCUGUUUGCUAUCCAACAUCCCUUCUCUCGAGGAAAUAUCCACAUUGGUUCAGCCGACCCACUUGUCAAGGGUGUCUAUGACCCCAAGUACUUCUCCAAUCCAUUGGCUAUCUUAGACCUACAAACUCUCGUGGAAGCUGUCAAAUUCGGAAUGAAAAUAUCCAAGACUGAGCCUCUUGCCUCCUCAAUCGUUGCUCGUCAAGACCCCGCACCCGAAGUUACAUCCGACGAAGAUAUUGCUGCGUAUAUCAAAACUUACGUGGAAUCCGUUUAUCAUCCUAUCGGCACGGCAGCAUUGGCCCCGAAAGCACUAGGUGGCGUUGUUGAUAAUAAACUAAAGGUCUAUGGCACAACCAACGUUCGAGUGGUUGAUGCAAGUGUUAUACCAAUUCAUAUGGGCACGCACAUUACCAGGACCAUUUACGGAAUCGGCGAGAAGGCUGCUGCAUUGAUCAAGUCUGGGAACUAA